AUGUCAGAAAGUGAUCUAGACAUGAUGAAACCAGAGACUAUGCAGUCCUACAUCUGGCUUCAAACUUCUGAUGGUUCACUUCAGCAAGUGGAGCAAGAGGUUGCAAUGUUCUGUCCCAUGAUAUGUCAAGAAGUAAUACACAAGGGCCUUGGAUCUUCUGAGAGUCAUCCUAUAUCGCUUCCACAGCGAGUGAACACAGCUAUGUUCAGCUUGGUUCUUGAUUACUGCAGAUUUCACCAAGUGCCUGGACGUUCAAAUAAGGAACGAAAAAGUUAUGAUGAAAAAUUCAUGCGAAUGGACACAAAGAGGCUAUGUGAGUUGACCUCAGCGGCUGACAGUUUGCAGCUGAAGACUUUGGUUGAUAUUACUAGUCGCGCACUUGCACGGAUCAUUGAAGGGAAAACACCUGAGGAGAUACGAGAUAUAUUUCAUUUGCCUGAUGACCUCACUGAGGAGGAGAAAUUAGAGCCUCUGAAGAACACAAUGGAUGAUCCACGGAUUCGACUACUGAAUAGAUUAUACGCAAAGAAAAGAAAGGAGCUGAAAGAAAGAGAGAGAUUGAAGAACGUUGAGAUGGGAGAACAUGUGGAUGAACGUUCGGUGGAUGACCUGUUAACGUUUAUUAACGGCAGAGAUCCCAAGAUGUCAAAGGGAAAGAAGAAGAGCAAGAAAAAGAAGGACCAAAAGAUUGAUUCUUCAAAUGACAAAGAAGGACCAGAAGACUUUCAUGACAAGGAAUCGCAUGAUCUUCAUUCCAAACAACAAGGUGUUGAAGAGACUGGAUCCAGAGAGAGAGAGGUACCUGAAGAUGACAUUUUUAUGCCAAAGGUUGCCGGGUCUGAAGAUGGAGAUAUAGAUGAUGAAAUCGAUCCAGCUAUGAAGGAAAUGCUUGAUAGAGAGGUAGAAGAUUUUGCUCGAAGGCUGAACUCCAAUUGGGUUUGCUCCUUAGGACAAGAGAGAAGGCCUGUUCACUUUUCCAUAAACAGCAACAGGACUACAAGACAACAUAUAGGUAAUGAUAUCUCUUUCUUUGGCUGCAUUAUCUUUGCUUCUAUCGUAAUGUUGAGAUGGACUGAUGUGGGGUAUGGUUUGGAUGUGAAGGUCAAUCUUCAGGACACAAUUGAUGAACUUCAAUGGCUGACACAGUUUUGGUUGGUUAUAUGA